UCAUCUCUCAAAUCAAUCAUACCUUCCCAAUCCCAUAUAGUUUAUAAUGGUUGUUCUCUCUGAACUGUUACAACAAUCUUCAUCAACUGAUAAUCAUCAUAAUUAUGACGUCUUUUUGAGUUUUAGAGGUAUCGACACUCGUCUUAAUUUCACGGAUCACCUCCAUGAGGCGCUCCUCAACGCUAACAUCACUACUUUCUUGGACGAUGAAGAGAUCGAAACCGGACUAUCUCUGAAACCAGAAUUGGAGACUGCAAUCAAAGCAUCAAGAGCUUCUAUUAUUGUGUUGUCUGAGAAUUAUGCUAUUAUUGUGUUGUCUGAGAAUUAUGCUUCUUCGUCCUGGUGUCUCGAUGAAUUGGUAUUGAUCCUUGAUCAAAAGAGGACCUCCGGCCAUAUGGUUAUCCCCAUCUUCUAUCAUGUCGAGCCCACCGAUGUACGGAAGCAACAACGCAGCUUUGGAAUUGCUAUGGCAAAACAUAAACAGAGGAUGGAAGCKGAGACGAAUGAGGAGGAAAAAYGUMAAUUGGUUGAGAAGAUGAAUMAAUGGAAGAAAGCACUUGWAGAAGUUGCURAUUUAAARGGGAAGGAUGCAAARGGAUGGCCAGAGACUAAGUUUAUUGAAGAAAUCGUUACGGACAUCUACCAUAGAUUAGGUGUACCUUUAAGGAGUGCUCUACCGCUUCUUUGUGGGAUGGAAAAGUCUAUAGAGUUUAUCACUUCAUGGUUGAAAGACGGAUCAUUGCAUACCGCUGAUAUUCUCACUAUUUUUGGUUUGGGCGGCAUAGGGAAGACAUCUUUGGCCAGAUAUGUUCACGAGUUACACUGUCGAUUGUUCGAUAGAAGCAGCUUUAUUGAAGGUGUCAAUGAGAAAUGUACUCAACAAGUUAAUGGRCUACUUGAUUUACAAAAACAACUUGCUCACGACAUUUCAAAAACAAGUCCCAUUCAUAUUCAUGAUGUUUUCAGAUACACCUCUAUGAUUGAGAAUGCACUAGCUCGUCAAAAGGUGUUUAUAGUUCUUGAUGAUAUUGAUAGUCUCGAACAACUGGACGCGUUACUUGGAAAGAAAGGUUUUCAUCCGGGUAGCAAAAUUAUCAUAACGACUAAAGACUCAUCAUUGAAUGAGAAAUAUGCACUACUCGAUCCAAUAGUUCAACCCAAGCAUACGAAGCUCUUUCUUGAAGGCUUAGAUGCGCAAGCAUCGCUACAGCUUUUAAGUUAUCAUGCGUUUAAGGGCAACAAUCCUAAGAAAGGUUACGAAGAAGUGUCGAAAAAGCUUAUGGCAUAUUGUCGAGGACAUCCAUUGGCUCUUAAAGUUUUGGGUGAGUCUUUGCAUAAAAGAGAUGUAGCUGAAUGGGAGGAGCGCAUAGAAGGUCUAAAGGAAGAAACGGAUUCCCGUAUUCAGAAAGUGUUGCAAAUGAGCUUCGACUCUAUGCCAUCUAACAACGAUAAGGAAUUGUUUAAGCAUAUUGCUUGUUUUUUUGUUGGAAAAGAUAGAAACUACAUUGAAACAAUAUUGAAGGCGUGUAAUAUUCGCACACUUCAUGGGAUCACAAAUCUCGUUGAUAGAUGUCUUCUUACGAUCGGAUCAAGGAAUGAGUUAAAGAUGCAUCAGUUGCUUCAAGAGAUGGGAAGAGAUGUAGUACGCCAAGAAUCACCAAACAAGCCAUGGAAGCGUAGUCGAUUAUGGUGUCAUGAGGAAUCAUUCAAUGUGUUGGAACAAAACAAGGGUUCGGGAAAACUUAAAGGCCUCGUUCUUGACAUGGGAAUGCUUAAAGAGGACAUAUGUGAAUUGUUUGAGUUGGAAACAGAUGCAUUGAGUAAGAUGGAUAAUCUAAUGCUACUACAACUCAAUUAUGUGAAAUUCAAUGGAUCUUAUAAGAAUUUCCCUAAAAAAUUAAGAUGGUUGUGUAUGCAUGGGUUCCCUUUAAAGUCUUUACCUUUAGACUUACCAAUGGAGAAUAUGGUUGUGCUUGRCAUGKCUUACAGCAAUUUGGAAUCUUUUGACAUGUCUGAUUGUAACCCACAACAACCUGGGAAGAGGCAAAAGUUAAGUGGCUCAUGCUCAAAAGGCAAACGGUUGCUUAGAUCAUUGAAGAUUCUUAAUCUAAGUUUCUGUACACAGCUUCGUUGUCUCGGUGGCUUUAUCGAAUUCCCUGCACUUGAGGAGUUAAUACUUGUAAACUGCACAAGUUUGAUGGAGGUCUGUGAAUCAAUUGGGCAAUGUGAUGGACUUGAGCUCAUUGAUCUGAGUCAUUGCAAUGAGGCUGGAAAGGUUUUAAGGACGAUAGGCAAGUUAACGAAGGUGAAAAUACUAAAACUAGAUGGUUGUAAUCUUGGUGAAUCUCCGGUCGAGAUGAGGGAUAUGGUGAAGUAUGUUAACGUUGGCAUGAACUCACAAAUCUCUUCUUCAUCUGCCAUUGUGGAGGCUAUACCAAGAGCUUUCGAGUCCUAUCUGAUUUAUCUACCGCGUUCAUUAGUAUGUUUGUCACUAGAAGACAAUAAUUUGUCCAACGAAUCCUUUCCAAUGGACAUGAGUAGCCUAUCCAUGUUGAAGGAGUUGUAUUUAGAUGGUAAUGCAAUAGUCUCACUGCCCAAUUGUGUAAGAACCCUUCCCGGUCUUGAGAAACUUAGUAUUCAAAAGUGUCGUAGUCUGAAGACAUUGGAGCAUCCUCCACGUACACUAAAAAAACUGAGAUUUGGUUUUAGUGAAGAUAAUAAGGAAGGGAAAGUUGUAUUUGAUCGAGAAAUGUCCCCAAUCAUAUUAGAUUUUCUUGUUAUGAAUUUGAAUACGUAUUCAGGGUCUUGUAUUGAAGGCAUGUUCAAAGAGGAAGAUAUGGGAGAUGUUAAGGAAGAGGUAUUACGUAGUUUGGGGUGGACUAAUUUAGACUUCACCAAAAUUCAGCCCGUGAAGGGAACAUCUAAAGUCAAGAUGGUGUAUGAAUAUGGGAUAUUCAGCUCAUAUUAUAGGGGGAAAGAGAUGCCGAAUUGGAUAAGUGAUAGAAGGGAGGGGUCAUCAAUAUCAUUUACCAUCUCAUCAUCUCCUUACAACCUUAGAGGAUUGAAUUUAUGUUUUGUAUAUGGGGUGCCAAAUGCGAGUCUGUAUUCUUUCGUAGAUAUCAAGAUUAGUAAUAUAACAAAGAAUCGCACUUGGAUAUACAAAUCUUGGAUGACUUGUGAGGAAACUAAAGAGGGUAUAAGUACAUAUUUAAGCCAUUGGAUGUUUGGGAAGAAUGAGAUGGAAGAUGGUGACCAAAUUGCUGUUAUAUUGGAUGCUAAUGACUUUGUUAUAAGUGAGUGUGGGGUGAGUCUUGUGUAUGAUGAAGAUGAAGAUGAAGAAGAUGAUGGUUUGGGAUAUUACAAGUCAUGGAAUCAUAUAAUCGGUGGGGAUCUCUCUCCUUUUCAAACUACUACUCCUGGAGAAUAUCAACUAUCGAGAAUGCACUUUUUUGGUAUAAACAGUAUCCACAACUAUGUAGACCAACAACCUUUGUUUAGAGCUUUCCGCCAAGCAAGUCGACAUAUAGUUGCUGUUGCACCUAAGCUAUAUGUAAAAGGGGAGAUGUAAUCACAAUCACUUCCUUGUCGAUCUCAUCCCAUUUCUCAGAGUCCGAUAGUCACCAAGAAACCUUCUGCUGGAAACUCUUAUUAACCACUUAUAGCGUCCUUAUUUUAUGACAAGAUCUCUUAUCGUCAUUUUAUUGGACGAAAGGUAAACUGAUAUCUUAUAAUUAGCUCUUAUUGGACAAAGUGUAGA